UGUAAUUCACCCCAGUAAGAAAAAAAAAAACAACACAGCCCUUUUUCAGCCUAGCUGCUUCUGGUUCCCCAAGGGGUGAGGCGUGACCUUAGCUAAAGGACUUUCCUGCUGGGGUAGGAGGGUUUCGGUGAGGAUCAGCCCCCUGCCUCUUCCUCCCAGGCCCCAGAACCUGCCUCAAGCAUCCGGCACCGGCCGUGCCCCCGCCAUGGAGCCGAGCGCACGGGAGCCCCUGGUGAGGAAGCCGAGCUCCUCGUACCGAACCUUCCCCGAGGGCGUCAGCAAGAGGCUGGACAAGGAGUACCUGCGAAGCCUCCACAACAAGCGGCUCUACCUGGCCGUGUUUGCCGCCGUCCUCGGGAAUUUCAGCUUCGGCUUCGCCCUGGUUUACACCUCGCCCGUCAUCCCCGCCCUGGAGGCUCACCCCAACCCCGCGCUGAGGCUGGACCGGCACAAAGCCUCCUGGUUCGGGUCGGUGUUCACGCUGGGGGCGGCAGCGGGGGGGCUCAGUGCCAUGCUCCUCAACGACCGCCUGGGCCGCAAGCUGAGCAUCAUGUUCUCGGCGGUGCCCUCCGCCGUGGGGUACGCGCUGCUGGCCGGCGCCCAGGGCAUCGAGAUGCUGCUGCUGGGCCGCGUGCUGACGGGCUACGCCGGCGGUGUGACAUCCGCAUCCAUCCCGGUCUACAUCUCGGAGAUCUCCCACCCCGGUGUCCGAGGCAUGCUGGGCGCUUGUCCUCAGAUCAUGGCAGUGCUGGGCUCCCUCAUCCUCUACGCGCUGGGGCUGCUCCUGGACUGGCGCUGGCUGGCCGUGGCAGGGGAGGUGCCGGUGCUGGCCAUGAUCCUCCUGCUCUGCUUCAUGCCCAACUCGCCCCGGUUCCUGCUCUCCCGGGGGAAGGAGGACGAGGCCCUGCAGUCACUGUGCUGGCUGCGGGGCAAGGACACGGACUAUGCCCGGGAGUAUGAGCAGAUUAAGGACAGCGUGAGGAAGCAGAGCCGGCGGGUUUCCUGUGCUGAGAUCAAGGACCCCUUCAUCUACAAGCCCAUCCUGAUUGCCGUGGUCAUGAGGUUCCUGCAGCAGCUCUCUGGGGUCACCUGUGUCCUCGUGUACCUGCAGCCAAUAUUCAAGAAAACGGCUGUCAUCCUGAAGCCGGAGUACGAUGCGGCUCUUGUCGGCCUGGUGCGUCUGUUCUCGGUGGCGAUUGCUGCUGUGUCGAUGGAUAAAGCUGGCAGGAAGAUUCUCCUCUUUGUGUCGGCCGGUGUCAUGCUGGCCUCCAACCUGACCAUGGGGCUCUACAUCCACUUCGUGCCCUCUUCUCAGAACGGCACCAUCACUAACAGGACCCUGGCGAGCUCUGCCAGCCCUCCUGCGGAGUCCAUCAACUACAUCACCCUCAUCCCCCUCCUGGCUACCAUGUUCUUCAUAAUGGGCUAUGCCAUGGGCUGGGGCCCCAUCACCUGGCUGCUGAUGUCGGAGAUCCUCCCUCUGAAAGCCCGGGGGGUGGCCUCAGGCCUCUGCGUGGUUGUGAGCUGGCUGACAGCCUUCACCCUCACCCAGUUCUUCCUCCGGGUCGUGGAAGCCUUUGGCCUCGAGGUGCCGUUCCUGUUCUUCGCUGUCAUCUGCGCUGGGAACGUCUUCUUUACGGGCUGCUGCGUCCCAGAAACCAAAGGCAGGUCCCUGGAACAGAUCGAGGCCUUCUUCAGGACAGGGAGAAGGUCGUUCAUGAGGUAGGAGCUGGAGGUGGAAGCUGGAGGUCUCCGAAGAUGGUGCUUCCCCCCCGCCCAGGGAAGAGGAACAGGCAGCAGUGACUGUAUUGCUUUGGACAUGGAUAUUGCCAGCCCAAACUCUACCUUCUCUUCCCAAAUCACUCAGCACUACCUGGUGCUCUCGGGGCACCACGUCAGCCCGAGGCAUGGGACUGUGUAACCAGUGCCAGGCUGGGACUAAAAGCGUCCUGGAAACUAAAACGUGUGGCUGUGGACAAAAAACCUCGCACGUCCUUAGCGCAGCAGCCACCCAAGCAGCCCCAGAGCCCCCAGGCUCUGGCUGGAGCAGAGUUAACAGCUGUAGCUGUGCUGGCACCCUUUCAGCAUGUAGUUGCAAGAAUAAAGCAGUUUUGCCUCCAAGUGCA